CAGAAGGAAGGCUGGCUUUAAAACUCACAAUAACACCUAAAACUUUCUGCGCGCUUCGAUCUGAAAGUUGCGCAGCAGCAAACUUUCCGCAAACGCGCAGAGAGUCUGCUCGUUAGGACAUUCUUCGGGGGAUUGCAAAAGGCGGAGGGGGGGUUUACAAAGAUUAGUGUCUUUAUGCUUUUUCACGUGAAAGAGCCUUUAUAAGGAGUCGUUUUGCUGGAGACUGGCCGUUAGUUACGCCGCAGCAAAAACAAAACAAAACAAAACAAAUUAACUCGCGCAAAGUUGAUUUUGAGCAUUUUCAAACAUGGCAGCGUAUACGUUACCGGAGGGAUUCACGGAAUUUGAUAUGUUUACAUUCGGGACGGCGCUUCUGGUUGGGGGGAUGCUCGGGUUCUUCCUCAACGCCAUCAGCAUCGUGUCCUUCAUCAGAGUGAAGGAGAUGCGAAAUCCCAGCAACUUUUUUGUGUUCAACCUCGCCCUGGCCGACAUCAGUUUGAAUAUUAACGGACUCACAGCGGCCUAUGCGAGCUACCUCAGGGUUUGGCCGUUUGGUCAGGAAGGUUGCUCCUAUCACGCUUUCCAGGGGAUGAUCGCCGUUCUGGCCUCCAUCAGCUUCAUGGCUGCAAUCGCUUGGGACAGAUAUCACCAGUACUGCACCAGACAGAAGCUUUUCUGGAGCACGGCCGUGACAAUGAGCUGCAUCAUCUGGAUUCUCUCUAUCUUCUGGGCCGCUGUUCCUCUCAUGGGAUGGGGCGUCUAUGACUUUGAGCCUAUGAGGACAUGCUGCACUCUGGACUACACCAGAGGGGACAGGGACUACAUCACCUACAUGCUAACACUGGUGGUGGUCUACCUGACGUUCCCAUCUAUCACCAUGCUGUCAUGUUAUGAUUCCAUCAACAAACAUUUCAAGAAGAUUCACAACUACAGGUUUAACACCAGCAUGCCCCUGAGGGUAAUGCUGAUGUGCUGGGGUCCCUACGUCCUCAUGUGUAUCUACGCCUGCUUUGAGAACGUGAAGAUCAUCUCUCCAAAGCUGAGGAUGCUGCUUCCGGUCAUUGCAAAGACGAAUCCCAUCUUCAACGCCCUCCUCUACUCGUUUGGAAAUGAGUUCUACCGAGGCGGCGUUUGGCACUUCCUCACCGGACAGAAGAUCGUCGAACCAGUUAUCAAGAAGAAGUAAAGACAAAAAAAAAACUCAGAGGACAUCAUCUGCUCUUGUGAUACAUUCCCCGUCCUGACGUACUACAGUAAACAUGCCUGAAUCACAUAGGUGCCUGUACAGUUGUAUAAUUUUCAUACCAUUUACUCGGAUUGUGUUUUUCCCUGGAUUCAUGUAAAUCUGUAAAUUGUGCUGCAGGUAAUUUACCCAUCUCAACAUUAACUUUAUUUGCUCCUCCGUCCACAUCUAACACUCACUCAAUAAACACAGAUGUUGCUGCUC